CUGCCCUCCCACCUCUAACCCCCAGAGCUAGAUCUCCACCCCGGACCAGAAAGCUUGGCAGGAAGAGGCUACUAUUUGAUGUGAUCUAGGGGUCGUGGGGAAAGAGUCCCCAGAGGAGGUGGACCCUGGGGUGGGGGACAGGGUUGAACUCAGCACUGUUGCUAUUAGGGGGUCCCCAGGCUGGGGAGAAAGGAGCUGAGGGACCCCCCCAUUGGGGCUAUGCAAUGUCACGGCCCCUAAGGCCUUGUCCCUUCUUACCACCCCCCCAGCUGUACUUCCCCUGCGGGCCCUGGUUUCUUCACUGGGGCAGGGAAGAGGGAGGUGGGGCCCUGUCCGAGGGGAGCUUGCUACAUCGUCUGCCGGCCUGGUGCAAAAGGAAGAUGUGGGGCGGUCCUGUGUUCAGAAAGGGUCAGCCGCCUUCGGGACGGCAGCAGGAGAGCAUCAGAUCCUGCGUGGGCCCUUCCCUGUGGGGGCUCCUGUGACUGCCCAGGUCACGUGCCCCUGAAACCAGCCUGGCGGUGGGGCUCCCCAGCUGCAGCGGGGCCACGGCUUCGGGUCCCGGCGUCUGACUCCGGGGCCUCCCGUGCAGGAGGGGCAGUGGCGGGGCAGGGUGCCCUAGCUCCCCGUCAGGCUCUUCCAAAGACCUUGCCGGCCCUGCUGGAUGUGGGGCUCGGGCCUUGACCCGACGGCCAGAGAGGUUUCUGUUCCCUCUUGAGUCGGGAGUCCCCUGAGAUACAUGCUCUCAGCCCAGAAGAGCUGAGCUUGCCGCCCCCCACCCCCACCCCCCGGGGAGCUGUCUGCCCCGUCCAAGUGGCCCAGAGCUAAGGGAGGACCGCAGGAGUCAGCCCUCCCCAGACACUGGGUGGCCAAGGGAUUCGUUUUAGGCAGAUCUGAGUCUAACUUGGCUUCUCCCUGUGUAGCCUCCCUGAGCUUCACUCUCCUCUCCUGUGAAAUGGGACCACGGUGGUGACUAGCUGCUAAAAUUCUUGGGUGGACCAAAGCUUAAUAAUGCAAACUAUUCAUGUUGGCUGGAGGGCCUGGGAAAGUUGACCCGGCCGGAAGGAAAAUUCCUGGGUCUCUGGGGAAGGAGGACGUGGGACUGGCAUGUUGAAUAGAACACUUCCAGAGGCAGAAACGGGGCGUCGGGCUGAGAGCAUGGGGCUGGAGCUGCCUCCCCCACGUGCCCCCCCCCCCCCCCCCGUCAGAACUCCUCCCUGUGACCCAGAUAAGCUAAUCUGUUCAAGCAGAGAGGCCCAGGGCCAGGGCAGGUCCCAGUCUGGGCUGGGAGGUGGGGAGGCGCAGAAGGUGGGGUCCAGGUGGGAGUUUCCCGGGACUCCGAGAGUCUUUGAAAGACUUUCCCUAGCGGCUUGGCCCCCGGCUUCUCCCAAGGACCUGGCCACCAGCCUCCGUGAAAGUCUGGGAGAGUCGACACAGUUGUCAGGAGGGGUCUGGCUGAGACCAACCCCCAGGCGAAUGGAGGGGAAAUGGGAGCAGAGGGGCAAGGAAAGAGGGCGAGGGGCCCUGACAGGGGAAUCUAGGGAGCGACCUGGGCUACACGGUGACCAGUGGGAUGGCAGGACGGGAAGGGCUCCCUGCCUGAGGAACGGGCAUGAGAAGGACUUGGGCCGCCGGCUGGAGCAGGUCAGCCCUGCGAUGGCUGGUGCUUUCAAACCAGCAGCCAGCCAGUUUCGGGCUGAGUGGGCCGGAAACUACCCACUUUAUAGGUUGUGAGGCCUCGGUGCUAGACGCCUCAUUAGCGCUGCGUUAUGACGGGGCUCCCCCUGGGGCCUCCAGGGGCAGGUGAGCCACCACCACUGGGGGGUUGGGUGCCUCAGCAGCAUGUCCCCGAGGGGUGAGCUCAGAUGGGACACGUUCUGGGCCUCCGCCCGGCCUGCUGCUGGCCCGGGAGUGACGGGCACCAGGCUGCAGAGGGACGCGGUCAGCACGGCCGCGGGUGAGAGCCGAAGACAGCUGCUGCCGUCUCUCAGGACUGCGGCCCAGCUGGAAGUGGAAGUUUGAAGGUUAGACCACUGUAGGCACUUCCGAGUCCUGAGCAGUGAAGAGACCUCAUCUUGUGGGUGAGCCAAAAGAGGAACAGAGAUGGUGUCACGUCUCCUAUCUGUGAGGGCUUGAGCAAGAGAAGUCACUCCUGGGCUGGUCAGACGGGAUGUGGCAUGACAGAGGGCAGAGGGGUAGCUGACAUGACCUAGAAAUGUUCUGGCCUUUUCAACUUUCUGGAUGGAUGGAGAGAGAGAGGAGGGAGGCCGAGGCGAGUCUCCUUUCAUUGCCCGCCCAACCCCACCCCCAGUUCCGCCCAAGCCAGGGAUCUGUCAGGACUCGAGAGGUGGAAAUUCUGGUUUUCCAGAGCUCCCAGUGCUGGCUCUGGCACUAUGGGUACCUGGAGGGCCGUGCUCCCGGCCCAGCCGGGCUGAGCCCUCCGUUACCCACCUCCGGGGCCUGGGGACCCCCUCCAUCCCAGAGUCCGGACACCCGGGGUUCUGCUCUGUGGCUGGCUCAAGGGUAUGUGGGAUGAGGCGGGUGGCUGGAGGUUGACGGUCCUGGGGACACGGAUGCAGCCACCCAGGGGGACAGAGCCCAGGGAGAGGGCCAACUGCAGGAGGUCCGGGCAGUGCUGGGAGCCUGCCUGGCCCCGCAUCGCCUCCCUGCAAGGAGAGGGCCAGGUAGGCCUGGGCAUCGAAGACCUGUGCCCGGCUGGGGCGAGGGGAGAGGUCAGAGCAAGCCGACUCAGGCCUGCCUAGGUCAUCGGAGGGCAGGGGUGAGAGUGCGGCACCAGGGUGUCCACAGAUCUGAAAGUGCCGGGAGACAUGGGUCCGAUUAACCUAUAUUUUAAGUGCAGGGAUCUGCUCUUCCCGGGGCCAGGCAAGGGUUUAGGUUCUGGGCUACGGGGAAGGGAAGGAAAGGAGUAGACAGCAAGAAGGACUUCCUGAGAGUAAGGAGAGAAAAGGCAGAGCAGGGCCAGUGGUGGCCAGAGAUCAGAAGGACAGGCCUGAUGGCAGGACUCUGACCCCGAGGCGAGCGUGAGGCAGCCGGCUGGCGCCUGUGCAUGAUGGAAGCGAGACUCUGAGGGCACUCUGUAAAGGAAACUGUCCCCUCCCCGGCACCCCCACCCCCACCCCCACUUCUGCUGCCUGGGGCUCUCCCAUUGGUCCCUGGGGGGGAUGUGGUGAGGAUGGCUCCCCCAGGGAGUGCCUGGGUGCCUGUUUCCUCAGAGCCAUCUGGUGACAGCCUCCGGCUGAGCAUGGCCCUCCUGGCCCUGGGCCGGGACCCUUGGAGUCUCCUGGGCCUUUUCCUCUCCCAGCUGUUUCUGCCGCUGCCGCCGACUGCAGGGGCCAGUGGGCAGGAGCCCCUGCCCAGGAUCACGUACCGUGCAGGGGAGGGACGCAGGGCUCUCAGCCUCUUCCACCAGAAGGGCCUCCAGGAUUUCGACACUCUGCUCUUGAGUGGUGACGGAGGCACUCUCUAUGUGGGGGCUCGAGAGGCCAUUCUGGCCUUGGAUAUCCAGGACCUGGGGAUGCCAAAGCUGAAGAGCAUGAUACCCUGGCCAGCCAGUGACCGAAAAAAGAGUGAGUGCGCCUUUAAGAAGAAGAGCAAUGAGACCCAGUGCUUCAACUUUAUCCGUGUCCUGGUCUCUUUGAACGCCACCCACCUAUAUACCUGUGGCACCUUCGCCUUCAGCCCCGCUUGUACCUUCAUUGAACUCCAAGAUUCCUACCUGUUGCCCAUCUCCGAGGACAAGGUUGUGGAGGGGAAAGGCCAAAGCCCCUUUGACCCUGCCCAUAAGCACACGGCUGUCUUGGCAGAUGGGAUGCUCUAUUCUGGCACCAUGAACAACUUCCUGGGCAGCGAGCCCAUCCUGAUCCGCACGCUGGGACCCCAGCCCGUCCUCAAGACCGACAAUUUCCUCCGCUGGCUGCAGCCGGACGCCUCCUUCGUGGCAGCCAUCCCUUCGACCCAUUUCGUCUACUUCUUCUUCGAGGAGACAGCCAGCGAGUUCGAGUUCUUCGAGAAGCUCCACACGUCCCGGGUGGCCAGAGUCUGCAAGAACGACGUGGGCGGGGACAAGCUGCUGCAGAAGAAAUGGACCACCUUCUUGAAGGCCCAGCUGCUAUGCUCGCAGCCCGGGCAGCUGCCCUUCAACGUCAUCCGCCACGCCGUCCUGCUGCCCGCCGCUGCCUCCGCCGAGCCCCGCGUCUAUGCGGCCUUCAGCUCUCAGUGGCAGAUCGGUGGGACCAGGAGCUCUGCUGUCUGUGCCUUCUCCCUCAAGGACAUCAAGCGUGUCUUUGAGGGCAAGUACAAGGAGUUGAACAAAGAGACUUCACGCUGGACUACUUAUGGGGUCCCCGAGAUCAGUCCCCGACCAGGCAGCUGCUCCGUGGGCCCCUCCUCUGACAAAGCCUUGACCUUCAUGAAGGACCAUUUCCUGAUGGAUGAGCAGGUGGUGGGGACACCCCUGCUGGUGAAGUCUGGUGUGGAGUACACGAGGCUUGCGGUGGAGACAGCCCAGGGCGUCGAUGGGCAGAGCCAUCUGGUCCUCUACCUGGGCACCGCCACAGGCGCCCUCCACAAGGCUGUGGUCAGUGGGGACGGCAGUGCUCAUCUGGUGGAGGAGAUCCAGCUGUUCCCUGAUCCCGAACCUGUCCGCAACCUGCUGCUGGCCCCUGAACAGGGCGCAGUGUUUGCGGGCUUCUCAGGGGGCAUCUGGAGGGUUCCCCGAGCCAACUGCAGCGUCUAUGGGAGCUGUGUGGACUGUGUCCUGGCCCGGGACCCCCACUGUGCCUGGGACCCCGAGUCCGGAACCUGCCGUCUCCUGCCCACCCCCAUCCCGAAGUCCUGGAGACAGGACACGGAACAAGGGAAUCCAGGGUGGGCAUGCGCCACUGGCCCCGUGGGCAGGAGCCUCCAUCCUCAAAGCCGCCCCCAAAUCAUUAAAGAAGUCCUGGCUGUCCCCAACUCCAUCCUGGAGCUCCCCUGCCCCCACCUCUCGGCCCUGGCCUCCUACCACUGGAGUCGGGGCACGGCCAAGCUCCCAGAAGCCUCUUCGGCGGUCUUCAACGGCUCCCUGGUGCUGCUGCUGCAGGGUGGGGUGGGGGGUCUGUACCAGUGCUGGGCCAUGGAGAAUGGCUUCUCGUACCCUGUGGUGUCCUACUGGGUGCACAGCCAGGAUCAGCCCCUGGCCCUGGACCCCGAGCUGGGGGGCAUUCCCCGGGAGCGUGUGGAGGCCCCACUGACCAGGGUUGGUGGCGGGGCCGCCCUGGCUGCCCAGCGGUCCUACUGGCCCCACUUCCUCACAGUCACUGUGCUCCUGGCCUUAGUGCUUUCAGGAGCCCUCCUCAUCCUCCUCGCCUCCCCAGUGGGGGCUCUCCGAGCCCGGGGCAAGGUGCAGGGCUGUGGGACCCUGCCCCCGGGGGAGAAGGCCCCCCUGAGCCGGGAGCAGCACCUCCAACUUCCCAAGGAACGCAGGCCGUCUGCCAGCGAUGUGGACGCUGACAACAACCACCUGGGCACCGAGGUGGCGUAGACUCUGGGCGCAGGCUGCCGCCGCGUAGAGUAGGGCAGGCGCCCGCCGCGCUGCUGGGGGACCUGGGGCAGCGCAGCCCUGAGGGUGGGGGGGGACACAGAACACCACCUUCCCACCUUGUCACUGGUGGCCCUCAGCGGGGCUGGACCCAGCAGCCUGACCCCCCGUGGGCCUCCCCUCCACCGCGCACAUGGGCCCUCCAACGGGCCGUCCCAGGCCUGGACCAAACAAGAAGACCUAGAGUGGAUCCCUCCAGAAACAUACUGCUCCAGGAGCCCCUAAAACACGAGACUGCUCCGGGCCCCUGUGGUAACGAAGCCCAAGGUAUACACGAGUGGGCACGCCGCUGCCCGCCGUCCCUGGAGAGCCCCCCCCGCCGGGGGCAGCAGCCACCCCCACGGACACCAAGGCUCCACUGUCCCAGGGCCCUGCAGGGAGCUGCCCUGUCCUGCCCCCUUGUCCGCUGAGCACCGCUGACUCCCGGCAAGUGACCACCUUCCUUCUUGUUUCAGUUGGGGCAGACUGUGACCCCCUGCUGUGCUUGAGGAACAGGGCUAAUCUGAGCCUUGUUCCCGCCUCUCCUCUGGCUGACCUCUUCAGCCCCCUCCUCUCCCCUUUCCUUUAUUUUGGGAUUCAGAAGACCGCUUGUCACAGACAGUUUAUUUUUUAUUAAAAUAAAAAGACAAAGCUCACGACUGGUGCGGUUUCUGUGGGAGCCGAAUGCUGCAGCAGAGGACCGCAGGGCGGAGGGCCUCAGCGGGGAGGAGCUCCAGGUUUGUGGGGCCCAGCUGCCUCCAAGGGCAAACCACCUGCCCUGCCACCUGCCCGCCCAGAACCAACCCCGCGGUGCUUUCCUCAUCCAUCGCCGCUCCCCGCAGCUGCUGGCCCCACGGUCCCCGCUCCCCUCUUGGUGGACUGAAUUUACGGAGCAACCAGACCGUACAGCCACCCCCAGCCUGGCCACCCCCUUCCCCCCGAUCUGACGAUCUGACUAGCUGCGCUCUGUGCACACCCCUGUGUGGAGGCUUCCCAGAGGCUCCUCUCCGCAGAGACCCCAGCAUUGCCCUCACCCUACCAUCCCCCUCUCCCACCAGCCCCUGCGCUGGGUGUUCUCUGCAGGGUCCAAAGAAAGGAGAACGCUGCACCCCGCCCCCUCCACUGGCUCUCUUUCCCCAUUCUUACCAACACCCAGAGGGGGUCCUUUCUGGCUGCCUGCCCAUGGCUCCCCCAGAGAGGCCCUCGCCCCCUUGCAUGCCCUGUGCUCUGGCUUUCUCCCCUACCUCUCUGCAAAAACGACUCUCUGAAGCUACCCAUAAGCCCCACCGGGCCUUGAUCUCUGUGCCACCUUCACACUUGGCCACUGUAUUCCCAUAACUCUCUUUCUCUGGGGCUUCUUUUUAAAAAAUGUUUUUAUUUUUAACAUGGCACAAAGCAAACAAUGUGUACUUCAUGUAAGCGGAAUCACACAGUAUUUGGCCUUCGGCAACUGGCUUUUUUCACUCCCGUAACAUCCUCAAGGUUCAUCCAUGUUGGCGGACUUCCUUCCUUGUUGGGGGCUGAACACUCUGCCGCUGUAGGUACGUUCCGCAGCUUCUUCACCUGUUCACAUGCUGGGGGACACUCAAGUUGUCGCACUUCCUGGCUACGGUGAACACUGCUGAAGAGGUCUUGUGGGGGACAGUGCAUUGCCUGCCCUUCUAGCUACUGCUUACCUCCACUUGGACACACCACAGACAUCUCUAAUGCAACAUGUCCCAAAUUCAAUUUAUCAUCCCCUCCAAACCUGCUCUCUCUCCCAUGUUCCCCUAUGCUAGCUAAUCACACUGCAACGUGGAGGCUUGGGGCUCACCCAGCACUUCCUCUCUCCCACCCCUCCACUCCAUUGGCUGGGUCCCCACCCCAUCUCCUCCUCCUCCUCGCUUGCCUGGGAAUUCCUCAGAACCUCUGCAGUCCCAACAGGUCCUGACCACCUCACCAAGGCAACCAGAGCCGACCCCUAACCUGUCUCAUCCACCUUUCUGCCACUCGCAUCCAGACUCCAUUCUCUGGCCUGGGUCAAGAGGAACUUACUAAAAAAAAAUUUCUGCCUAAAAUUUGAAGUGGCUAGGGGAGCCUGGGUGGCUCAGUUGGUUGAGCGUCCGACUCUUGAUUUCAGCUCAGGUCAUGAUCUCAGGGUCGUGAGAUGGAGCCCUGGGUCCGUGCUCUGCAGGGGGUCUGCUUGAGGUUCUUUCUCUUCCUCUCCCUCUGCCCCUCCCCCUGCUCGUGCACACACGUGCUCUCCCUUUCCCUCUCUCAAAUAAAUAAACAAAUUUUAAGAAAAAAAAAAAAACUUGAAAUGGCUUUUCAUUCACUCCAGAGUAAAGAACUCCAGAAUAACCUCCUGGGACAGUGUGCCUUUCCUCUAGUCGCUCCAUACACACCUUGCACCACAUGCUCACCAAGGCUGAGCACCUUGUACUGUUUUCCGGAAACCUUUACUGAGUGCCCAGCAUCAUUUCAGGCCUUGGUGACACAGAGAUGAACAGACAACCUGCCUAACGGAACUAACAGUGAGGUUCCUUGAGGCAUGCUGUUUCUUCCACCUGGGACAUCAUCCCCUCUGGAUUCUUCUCAAACCUAUCACACCGUCAGUGCCCUAUGUACACCUCACUAUAAUCCCUUUUAUACACUGUUGCUGCUUCAUUGGGUUUCUGUGUGCCUGGACAAUACUCUCAAUGCUGAAAUCCUUUCAUUCAUUCAAAUAUUUACUGAGCACCUCCUAUGUGACAGGCACUGUCAGGCACCGAUGGCACACUAAUGAACAAAGCAGACACAGUUCUUGUGGUCAUAGAGCAUACAUCCUAGUGUGGGAGACAGAUGACAGAAAUAAGUCAAACAGGUAGGGUGCAUUAGAUGGUGAUGUGCUGGAAAAGAAAAAAUUGAGUUGCAGAAAGAAGGUUGAGUGGAAGGAGUGUCUACAGUUUUAAAUAGGAGAUUCAGAGUAGGUCUCAUUGAUAAGGUGAAGCUUGAACAACGAAACAAUGGAGUAAAUGAAAGAAAGUACAGGCUAUGUGGAUGCCUGCAGGAAAACUUCCAGACAUAAGAAGAAGCCGGUGCAAAGGCCCUGAGGCAGGAGUGAGAGUAUUGGAUGAAGGGAGAAAGAUACUGGGUGUGCAGGGUCGGGGGGAGAUUGUAGGACCCUGUAGGCCUUUGCCAUUGUAGAUAUUGGCUUUUACUCCGAAUAAAUGGGGAACUGCUGGAGCAUUUCUAACAGAUGAGGGGACAUGAUCUGACCUAGAAUUUAAAAGCGUCACCCUGGCUGCUGUCUUCUGAUUAGAACAUAGCAGAAGCAAGAGUGGAAGCAAAGAAACCGGUGAGGUAGCUUCUGGAGUCACCCAGGUGAGAGUGGUGGCUGAGGCCAGGCAGGCAGUGUGGAGGUGGUAGGAAAUGGCCAAGCUCCGGCCACAUUUUUGAGAUGAAGCCCAUGGUGUCUGAUGACCGGCUGCAUGUGAUGGGCGAGAAACGGAAAGCGUGCAAGGAUGUCCCCAGAUACUUGGUCUGUUCAAACGGAAGAGGGGACUUACCAAUGAACCGAUGGAAGGAAAAGAAUGUCUAUUCAAGUCCUUUGUCCAUUUUUAAAUGGGUUGUUUGUCUUUUGUUGUUGAGUUGUGGAAAUACCUCAUUUGAAAUGAACCGACUCUCCACCCCAGGCUUUCCAGUCGCUCAUUUAAAGAGCUCUUCCUGGGGUGCCUGGGUGGCUCAGUUGGUUAAGCGACUGCCUUCGGCUCAGGUCAUGAUCCUGGAGUCCCGGGAUCGAGUCCCGCAUCGAGUCCCGCAUCGGGCUCCCUGCUCGGCAGGGAGUCUGCUUCUCCCUCUGACCCUCCUCCCUCUCAUGUUCUCUGUCUCUCAUUCUCUCUCUCUCAAAUAAAUAAAAUCUUUAAAAAAUAAAAUAAAAUAAAGAGCUCUUCCUCUCCUUUUAAAUCCAAAUAUAGGUAGCUUCAGAGCCGGACGAGACCCUAAUGUCACUCACUCCACCUCCAGGAUGGCCCCUAUUCCUGCAAUUUUUUGAGUUCUCAAACCUCAAAAUCGGUUGCCUAACCUCAGUCCUUCCUGCUGCACAUUGGCCUGUUUGGCACCACAGACGAGAAAAGUUACGCAAAAAUUACAGAUUAGAUUGGAAGUUAGAUUUCCAAUAGACCCGAAACACAAGGUAACCCAUUUACAACGGGAUCCUCAAGAAGGCCCAGGUGACUUGGCUCCUGAGCACCGAGAAAGGACACGCACGCGCCGUAGAACUGAGGGCAUGACGAGGCCCACGAAGGCG